AUGUCGGCAGACUCCAUCGCUCGUUGGAAUGCUAUUCCUCUUAAUCGUCCGGAGACAAGCGCGGAAGACGACAACCAGAAGCGAUCGAAUAUAGACGAGGAGAAUGAGGAUGAGAGCGACGACAACAUUUCUCUCGUGUCCCGCUCCCCCUCUCCUGUCUCACAUUCCGCUAAACCAAUGGACAUCGACAAAUAUGACGAAUAUGUCAAAGGCGCAGCGCGCGAGUCUAUUACCAUCGACACGAAGAUAAAGAGCACCAACAAGGGAUUCCUCAUGCUAGCAAGUAUGGGGUGGGUCGAGGGGCGGCCACUAGGCCUAUCUGGCGAAGGUCGUGUAGACCCAGUCCCGUUCUACGUCAAGAACGAUCUCACAGGCCUGGGCAAAGCAAACCAGGAUGUCCAGAUGAGUCAGUGUCAAGCUCUUACAUUCCGGCCAGCUCUUAACAGUGAUUGUCUGCAGUCGAAUCUACCGUCUCCCAACGCCGAGAACUUGACUCCGAGCGUCAGACGAAAGAGACCGAGGAGCAAAGACAAGCACGAGAGGCACAACUCCGUUGCCAAGCGUGCAGCUCUACAGACGGAAAUCUCGACCACCCUUCGUGCAUUCUACUGCGAGCUCUGCGACAAACAGUUCCGGAAUGUUGCCCAGUACGACGAGCAUACAAAUUCCUAUGCGCACCACCACAAGGCGCGCUUCCGAGACAUGCAAGCUGCGCAGCGUGCGAAUCGCAACACGAAGGAAGAAGUCGAUAAAAGGAAAGAGAAGGAACGCAAAAGAGAAGAAAAGGAACUUAGGAAGAUCGCGAAGGCCGCCGGCGUGAAGAUGGCCAAACCUCCGGUCGCGGCGAUGCCGCAACUUGCGGAGAAUGCCAUUGGCGGAGAAGGCGAAUCUCCAUCCACCGGCAGCAAAAAGUCAGGGUGGGCUUCAAUAUCGUCCACAUCCCCUGCGGUAUCGUCCCCACCAGCCGUCCCUGCACCAGUGUCUGGCCCAGGUUGGGCCCCUGUCAGUGCUGCCCCUUCUUCCCCCCGCAGUUCCGACAGAGGAUGGGCUGCCGCCUCCGAUACGGCCCAUCCGGCGUCUGUAUCUGUGCACUCACAAAGUCCGCCGACCCGUACACCCCCACCUCGCCCGUCUGGUCCAGCGCCUGCAUUCCGGACGGGCGGUUGGACCUCAUUAGACACGGGGAGUGUUGCAGAUCUCCCUCCAGCACCUGUGUGUCCUCUUCCAGCGCCACCGCCGAUUGCCGUUCGGCCUCCCUCUCCCCCUUUGCCCGUAGAUCCGCCGCGCGUCGGUGGUUGGUCGUCUGUAUCUGCUCCUGCCACGGAGAGCUCACCUCGAGAUGGCUGGAAUCGUGUGCCGUCUUCUGUUCCCUCGCCAGAAUCACGAACAGCGCCCUCUACAAACGUUGGACCUUCGGAACAUCCACAGUCGGUCCCCAAUGUUGGACGGGUGCCAGCAUCGCAUCCUAAGCCACGCGUACCACAGGAAACUUCUCGUUCGGGUUGGCAACAAUUUCGUGCGGGAGCGCCCAGUCGGCGCAGAUAG